AUGGUCCACUCUGGAGCCCUGAACACGGAUCGUUCAAGUGUCGCUGGUGGCGGAGCAACGGCUGCGAGGAUUGCGAACGCGGCAGGUGUUCCUGUCGUGACCGCGAAUAGGAGAUCGCUCUGCGAUGACAACGCCACUGUCGCGUCUGACAGUAACGAGCAUGACAGCACGAAGAACAACCCCUCUACUAACGCGUCAGAGUCCGAUGGCGGCUCAAAUCAUACAUCAACGUCCACCGGCAGUGAUGCGGUUCGAAACCACAGGGACCAGGGGCAUACGUCGAAUGCGGCCGGAUCGGGAAAAGGCACAAGCGAACGAGUUGACGGCGAGGGAAAGGGGGAGCUGGUGGGGAACGACGCUAAUGCUGAGAAGAAUAAGGACACGUGUCAUGAGAGCAGUCGGCGUGACGGGCGCGAGGAGCGAAACGAGAAGGACAAAAGGAAGGAGAAUAACGAGAAGAGUGAUGGAGACGAGAGUGAAAAGAAGGAGACGAGAGGAAAGAGCGACAACGGGAACACACAUGAGCAGAGUCACCGUGAACGCGAGGAGGCCGGCAAUGUCGGAACGGCAGAAAAGGGAGGGAAUGGGGACGAGAUUAAAACCGCGGAACGUUCUCACGGCGGCGAUUCGUCGAGGGCGGGAGAAGAUCACACGAAGUGUAACGACUCUACCGAGGGGGAGUCGUCAACCAGCGGCAGCAGCGGAAGCGGGACUGAUGUUUCGCUUGCGGAUCGGCUGGGCGGCAGUGAGAAACUUCCGUCGUCGCUCGCUGCGUUACUAGCUGACGCGCUUAUACGACUGACUGCGACUGCUCAAAUCCAAAUCAACGGCCAAGGGCUGGACCUCGGACGCCGGGCCGGACGGCAAGGCUCGUCAUCAAACCCCAUUUCCAGGUCUGGGCAUCCGGCUCGGAGAAGCGACCAAGUCCUCGCGAAUCCGCUAAUGGCGGUGAAUCUGUACGUGUUCAACAAGCCGAUUGAAAUCUCGGCCGUCCAUUCGUUCGAGAACAAGGGCAGCGUAUCGCUGCAGACGCAGCUCGCUCUUACGACGGCGCUGGCGCGAGACAACGCCACGCAUCGUGUCGCAAGCAGCGCAGCACUGGGUGCUGCAAGUGAUCACCGAGAGCUUGCUGAGGCCCACGAGCUCUUGGGUGACCCGCCUAAGGUCCACGCUGGCAGCAGCCCAGUCCACGUCAGCAGGAGCAACCGGAGGAAGCUAGCGGUGGUGGCAGCGGUGGAUGAGGAGACGCGGAAGGGCAUGGAGGCAUGGAUGCAGGACGAGGUGAAACGCGCUGUGAGCCGUGGCUUGAAGCAGCUCCGGCAGAAGCUUCUGGAAGAUGUGGACAAGCGAGUGCGCAAGCUGCAGCAAGGGAGCCAUUGCGGAGGGAAGAAGAGAAGCGGCUUAAGAGGGAAAGGGGGCAGCAACUGCAAAAAAAGUUCCAAUAUGGGGAGUGGUGGCAGCAGCAGUAGCCAAUCAAAGGAGAGGAUGACUGGUGGGAAGCAUGGUGAUGAGAAGAGUCAUUACCAGGGUGAGCAUGGCGAGGGGGGUGGUGGAGAGGAGAAGCAUGGGAAAGUUGGGGAGGUGAAGGAGAUUGUGGGAGAGGUGAAGAAUCAUGGGCUUGUUGGUGGUGUGGGGGCUAUUGCUGAUGAUGAUGUGAGUGGCUGUACAGUAAUGUCAGCAUAG